AUGGCCGUGGCUCCCGACGGGGGUAUCCCGCGCGUGCUCUUCGGAGACUGGCUUCUGGGCGAGGUCAGCAGCGGCCGCUACGAGGGACUACGGUGGCUGGACGCGGCCCGAACGCGCUUCCGCGUGCCCUGGAAGCACUUUGCGCGGAAGGACCUGGGAGAGGCGGACUCGCGCAUCUUCAAGGCCUGGGCUGUGGCCCGCGGCAGGUGGCCUCUCCGCAGCAGCGCAGGUGCCCGGCCGACCGCCGAGAGUGCGCUCCGAGCUUCCUGGAAAACCAACUUCCGCUGCGCGCUGCACUGUACGCGGCGCUUCGUGAUGUUGCAAGACAACUCGGGGGACCCUACCGACCCUCAUAAGGUGUACAUGGUCACCCGCGAGCCGGCGUGCGGAGAAAGCCCAGGCAUUAGCCGGGGGGAGGACGAGGCCCUUGGAGAUGCCCCACCUACAAGGGAUGGGCUUCUGGGGCCAUACCUGGCAGCAGAUGCUGGCGAGAGGCUGGGGCGUGGGCUGGCCCGGCUGAGCCCUGAGCCCUGUGCCCCAAGCCCAGCUGGAGAUGCUGGGGACCUAUUGCUCCAGGCUCUGCAGCAGAGCUGCCUGGAGGACCAUGUGCUGAAAGCUGCCUCAGGCCUGCCUUCCUCUCCAGACACAGGCCCACCCCCAGACCCCUGGCAGCCCCAAGAGGCGGAGCCCCGCACCACAGCCUCCCCCAGUGCCUGCACCCUGAUGGCAGGGCAUCUGCACGUGGCUGGUCCCACCUGCUCACAGCUCGGUCUGCACACACUGCACAGCUUGGGGGCCCUGGACUUGACCAUCACAUACAAGGGCCGAACAGUGCUGCAGGAAGUGGUGGGGCGCCCGAGCUGCGUGCUCCUGUAUGGCCCCCCCGGUGUAGGUGGUGGGGCUUCAGAGCCCCAGCAAGUAGCCUUUCCUAGCCCCGCCGAGCUGCCCGACCAGAAGCAGCUCCACUACACAGAGAAGCUGCUGCAGCACGUGGCCCCCGGCCUGCAGCUGGAACUCCGGGGUCUCAGGCUGUGGGCCCGACGCCUGGGCAAGUGUAAGGUCUAUUGGGAGGUGGGAGGGCCCCUGGGCUCGGCCAGCUCCUCCACCCCCGCCCGCCUGCUGCCCCGGAACUGCGACACCCCCAUCUUUGACUUCGGCACCUUCUUCCAAGAACUGGGGGAGUUUGAGGCCUGCCGGCGCCGGGGCUCCCCUCACUACACCAUCUAUCUGGGCUUUGGGCAGGACCUGUCAGUGGGGAGGCCCAAGGAGAAGAGCCUGGUCCUGGUGAAGCUGGAGCCAUGGCUAUGCCGGGCAUACCUGGAGGGCGUGCAGCGCGAAGGCGCGUCCUCUCUGGACAGCGGCAGCCUCAGCCUCUGCUUGUCCAGCUCCAACAACAGCCUCUAUGAUGACCUGGAGCACUUCCUGGAGCACUUCCUGAUGGAGGCGGAGCAGCCCGCCUAG